AUGAGUAAAUUCAUAAAAGAUCACUAUAGCAAACUUAUCCUUGUUGGACUUGGACUAACUGCUGGACUUGCUCUUCUUAAGUACUUAGUGAAUGAACCCCCAAAAAAAGUCUCAAAAGACGAAAUGCUAGCUCCCCCUCCGUGAGUGAAAAAACCAUUAAAAAAAUCGCUAUUUUUUGCCCAAAAGCCCACCCUCCGUGAGUGAACUAAAUGUUUGAAUAGAAAAAUUUGUAUGGAAAAAAAAUUUGAUAUAUAAAUGAUAAUUUAUUAUAAAGAAAUCUAGAGCUAAUUCUGUUUAAUUUUAAACAAAUUGCGUUUUAAAAACAUAAAUUUUAUAGAUUAAAUUAAUAUAUGCUUCCCAAUUUUUGCAAAUUAGGAUUUUUUUAAAUUUUCGAAAAAAAAUUUUUUUCUAUAAAAUUUAUAUAUAAAUUUUUUUAAAAAAAAAAAUAACCCCGUGAGUGAAAAAAAUUUAUUUUGCUAAGCAUUUUGCCAAAAGAUUUAAUCAAAAGCUUUCUGAAGAAGAUUCUAAAACUGGGAAUAAAGAUCACAAGCACAACACUAACCAGCUUUGCCACGCAAUUCAAGAAGCCUGCACUCCAGAACUUGAAAAAGCAGAAAAAGCUUACAAUGAAGCAAUGGAAAAAAUCAAACUAAGUGAAAUCACUUCAGACAUAACCAGAAAAUAUAAAGAAUAUUUGGAAGAGCAAGAAAAGAUUAAGAAGCAAGCUCUAGAGACCCUUAUGGGAGAGAAAGACCUUACCGACGCAGAAAAAGAAGGAAUUUUGAGAGAGCUUCAAGGAGAAGAGUAUAUCAAUUUAUUAGAAAAAAUGGGCAAAAUUGAUCAUCCGAUUAUGACUGAGAAAAAAAUUCUUACUGAUAUUUUGAAAGAGCAAGCAGAUUUCGAAGCAGAAUUGCUAGCAGAAAACCCAGAAAUGCUACCAGAGUUGAUUCGCAAUGCUUCAUCUAUCCACAUUCAGGAAAAGCAUGCAGUCACUCAAGAGAUGAUUGGAAAAGCUGUAGACAUUCAUGGUGUUAGAGAAGAUGAAAAUUUAGCAAGCAUUCUUAAUCGCUAUGGCUCAAAGGAACAAGUGCAAGUACAAGUUCAAGUGCAAGAGCAAGUACAAGAGCAAGCGCAAGAACAAGAACAAGCACAAGCGCAAGAACAAGCACAGGAGCAAGCACAAGAGCAAGAGCAAGCACAAGCUUAA